AUGCUAGCUAACUUUCUUGGACAACUGGUUUUUGCGUUACAGGUAAUUAGUAAUUUUACCUUAGCUGAACGAAUUCAACAUCUUGAGGUUUUUGAGAAUGUACCACCAGGCACACGCAUUGGGUACAUUGAAGGUGAUAGCUCACCAUAUCUGGUAGUGCCAGUACCUGGCUCUUCUGUUGAAUCAGAUCUAAUUAUUGAUCAAGCUACUGGUGAAAUUUCUACACGUGUAUCUUUAGAUCGGGAAAAACGUGACUCGUACAGUCUUGUUUCUUUACCCCAGAAUAUUCGUGUAAUCGUGCAUGUGCUAGAUGAAAACGAUAAUUCUCCUAGCUUCUCUACUACUGAAAUAGAUGUUGUAUUUCCAGAAAAUGCGGCACGAGAUUUGCGGUGCGCUUUACCAUAUGCUCUGGAUCCGGAUAUUGGUCAGUUUAGUACACAGCGCUACGACAUUGUGUCAGGUAAUGUAGGCAGUAUAUUUAAGUUAUCACAGCAUCGAGGACGUGACGGAGUACUGUACUUAGAUUUACAGAGCAGUGGAGUUUUAGAUUAUGAGACUCAGUCAAAAUACAAAUUAUUAGUUGAAGCACUCGAUGGUGGUUUACCCCCACUAAGUGCUCGACUGUUAAUUAAUAUAAAUAUUCAGGACAUGAAUGAUAAUCCUCCAAUAUUUCAGCAGAUUCGAUACAAAGCAAGCGUGCUAGAAAACUCAAGUAUCGGUACAACUGUGUUAACUGUCAGUGCAACAGAUGCCGACAGUGGAAUAAAUGGUCAACUUGAGUACUACAUUAACCGACGUCAAUCUGACCGUGACGAGAUAUUCCGCAUUGAUCAUGAAACUGGCAUAGUAUAUGUUAAUCGUCAACUUGACUUCGAAAUUUGUGAGCAACAUGAGAUUGUGCUGGUAGCACGUGAUCGAGGUGUUCAAUCCCUUGAAGCCACAGCUUUUCUCUCAGUGUACAUAGUUAAUGUUAAUGAUAAUCAACCAUCAAUUUCGGUAAUUUUUCUCUCCGACGAUAAAACACCAAAAAUAAGCGAGAAUGCUCAGCCAGGUGAUUUUUUGGCACGAGUUUCAGUAAGUGAUCCUGACUCGCAUAAUGGAUAUUCGAAUGUAACAGUUAGUCUUAAAGGUGGUGGAGGUCAUUUUGACCUUAUCACACGUGACAGCAUUAUUUAUCUAAUUGUAGUCAACCAGACUUUAGACAGAGAAGUAGAACCAUAUUAUGAACUAUCACUUAAGGCAACUGACACGGGUAUGCCACCUCUUCAGGCAAUAAGCAGCUUUCGCCUUCUUAUUACGGAUACUAAUGAUAACGCACCACAUUUUAUAGGCGAACCUUAUAAAGCUCAAUUGUUUGAAGCUGUAGAACUUGGAAGUUCAGUGCUUCAGGUACUUGCUAAAGAUUUAGAUGAUGGCCUCAAUGGUCAAGUACAAUAUAACAUUCUAUCCUAUAGUAAUGACGGUAAAAAUAGAAAUAAAAAGAGUAGUGAUGGUAGAGUUAGUAACUCUCGUAGUGAUAAAAUGAAUCGUAACUUGUUCACGAUCGAUAAGAACUCAGGUCUUAUCACAGUUGUUUGCCACUUAGAGUGCGAGACUAAUUCAGUGCACAUACUUGUUAUUGUGGCCAGUGACUUAGGUGAACCAGCUUUAAGUAGUAGCACUACAGUUCAACUAGAAAUAUACGAUGCAAACAAUAGCGAGCCGAUCCUAGAAAAAACUUUUUAUAACGCUACUAUACCGGAAAACACACCACAAGGCACCUGCUUUCUUAAGGUAUGA